CGAAAUAUCUCGGAACGAGGGAAGGAAAUAACCAAUAUGUGCCCUUAACGUGGCCCAACAAUCCACCAAUCAAAGCGUCUCUAUCUGGCUUUAUGCCCCCAUCUUCCCCUUUAUGAAUAUUCACUCAGUUCAGUCUCCAGCUAUCCAUUCCACUAUGUCCGGAGCUCACAGACUGGUAACUUCCAUGGCUGUUCCCUCUCGUGUUUCCUCCUUACUCUUCAUAUUCCUCUGUUUCGUUUCGGUCACAGUUGCGGUCUCAUCGGAAGGUUGGGAGACUUUUAUCGUCCUCGUUUCGAAAUCGGAGAAGCCACACGUCUUCUCCACUCAUCAUCACUGGUAUUCCUCCAUAAUCCGUGCCAUAUCUCCUCUCUCUCGCCACCCAUCUGAGCUCUUGUACUCGUAUGGCCGCGCCGCGAACGGUUUCUCUGCCCGGCUAACGCCCUUCCAGGCGUCUCAGCUACGGAGCUUUCCCGGCGUGAUCUCUGUCCUUCCGGAUAAAAUCCGGCAGCUCCACACCACCCACACGCCUCAGUUUUUAGGCUUGGCGGAAUCGUAUGGCCUCUGGCCAAACUCUGAUUACGCCGAUGAUGUUAUAGUGGGGGUUCUGGACACCGGAAUCUGGCCGGAGAGGCCCAGCUUCUCCGACGAGGGGCUAUCACCAGUUCCUUCCGGCUGGAAGGGUAAAUGCGAGGUUGGUCCUGAUUUUCCGGAGGCUUCGUGUAAUCGGAAAAUCAUCGGCGCUCGUGCUUUUUACAAAGGGUACGAAGCUGGUCGUGGAAGCCCGAUCGAUGAAUCUGAAGAAUCGAAAUCGCCUAGAGAUACGGAAGGCCAUGGCACACAUACUUCCUCCACGGCAGCUGGAUCUAUUGUUCCGAACGCGAGUCUUUUCGAAUACGCGCCGGGUGAAGCCCGAGGCAUGGCGAUAAAGGCUAGAAUAGCGGUUUACAAAAUUUGUUGGAGCUCAGGCUGUUACGAUUCUGAUAUACUCGCUGCGAUGGAUCAAGCGGUUGAAGAUGGUGUGCACGUGAUUUCACUUUCCGUUGGAGCGUCCGGCUACGCUCCGCAGUACUACCGUGAUUCCAUCGCGAUUGGAGCUUUUGGUGCGGCGGAGCACGGCGUCCUAGUAUCCUGCUCUGCUGGAAAUUCUGGUCCAGAUCCCUAUACUGCCGUGAACAUCGCGCCAUGGAUUCUCACGGUUGGUGCUUCCACUGUUGAUAGGGAAUUCCCGGCUGACGUGAUAUUAGGAGACGACAGGAUCUUCAGUGGCGUGUCGUUGUACUCCGGCAAAUCCCUAGGCGACAACAAACUGCCGGUAGUCUACGGUGGUGAUUGCGGCAGCAGGUACUGUUAUUCUGGUGCACUGGACACUUCAAAAGUCACCGGAAAGAUCGUGUUGUGUGAUAGAGGAGGCAACGCCAGAGUCGCCAAAGGAGCAGCAGUAAAAGAUGCCGGCGGCGUCGGAAUGAUCCUCGCUAACUUGGCCGAUUCCGGUGAAGAGCUUGUGGCCGAUGCGCAUCUGAUCCCCUCAUCGAUGGUAGGUCAAACGGACGGAGACAAAAUCCGUGAUUACGUGAGAUCCGAUCCAUCUCCAACCGCCACAAUCGAAUUUCGCGGAACCGUAAUCAGUUCCUCGCCGGCGGCGCCGCGAGUGGCUGCUUUCUCAAGCCGCGGCCCGAACAUCGUUACUGCUGAAAUUCUCAAACCGGAUGUGAUCGCUCCCGGAGUUAACAUUCUAGCGGGCUGGACCGGCGCCAUUGGUCCCACCGAUUUGGACAUUGAUACAAGAAGAGUGAACUUCAACAUUAUCUCCGGCACUUCCAUGUCCUGUCCUCAUGUGAGCGGAUUGGCUGCCUUGCUUCGAAAGGCCUAUCCAAACUGGACCCCAGCCGCCAUCAAAUCCGCACUCAUGACCACGGCUUACAAUGUGGACAACUCCGGGAGCAAUAUUACUGACCUUGCCACUGGCUCAGAUUCCUCCCCGUUUGUUCAUGGAUCCGGGCACGUUGAUCCAAACAGAGCACUGGAUCCGGGUUUGGUCUACGAUUUGGAAGUGAGUGAUUAUGUGAAUUUCUUAUGUACCAUUGGCUAUGAUACUUCAAAGAUUUCAGUGUUUGUGAGGGGGCCCUCUUCAGUGGAUUGCAGCUCUAGGAGUUUGGGCACACCUGGGGCUCUAAAUUACCCAUCGUUUUCAGUUGUUUUUCAAAGUCUAACCAACCAGGUAAAAUACAAGAGAACGGUUAAAAAUGUAGGGAAAGACAAAAACGUUGUUUAUGAGGUAAAAGUGAAUGCUCCUUCGGGUGUGGAGGUUAGUGUGUCACCGACCAAGCUGGUGUUUAGUGAGAGUACUGAUACGUUGUCGUAUGAAAUAACUUUCACUAGUGUUGGAUCGGAGAAUUUGAACGUUGUGAAAUCAACGUUUGGGUCGAUUGAGUGGACAGAUGGGGUGCACCUUGUUAGAAGCCCGAUAGCUGUAGUAUGGAGUCUGGGGUCGCAACCUGCAGUUUCAAUGUAGGUGAAAUUGGCCUGUUUCAUUCCAUAAGUGCACAAUGAACUGUGGCAUGUAGGUAUAGUAUUGUAAGUUUCUGUGUUGGGUUGUUUAUUUUGAACCACUGAAUUUGGAUGUUUUCAUUGUUGAUAUGAUGCAUGCUUGCUAUUAAGCUAUUGC